AUGUCAGGCGCAGGAAGAACCUCUGAGACGUGGUAUAUUUUACUAAAUGAGAGCAAGAUCCAAGAAGGGGACCCAAAGACUACAUUUGUUCGUGACGUCAGAGUUGGAGCUGAGCCUUUUUGCGUCGUGGGAACGAACAGACAGCUGGAUGAUCUGAAGCGAUUCUGCUGUAAUCCGGUGGAGUAUCGGCCUUUAACCGUGGACGCAACGUUUGAUUUUCGUCCAUACAAUGUCACACCGAUCUCAUACCAGCAUCUCAUAGUUCUUCGCAGGAAAGAUGGUAAACACCCAACAAUGAUUGGCCCAGUGCUUCUACACGAAAAGAAGACACAAUCCACGUAUUCGCUCUUUGGUGGAACCCUCAAGUCCUUCGAACCAGAAUUGAAGAAUCUAAUGGCUUUCGGGACAGAUGACGAAAAGGCGUUAGUGGGAGGUUUUAACGAAACCUACGAAAGAGCUACUUGUCUGCUUUACGAAGUCCACCUUUGCAAAAAUAUUGACACAAAGCUUCUGUCUAUGGACAUUAAAGGAGAGAGUAAGCAGAGUGUAAUAGAUGAUAUUUUUGGAAGAAAGAUAGGCAGCGUUUUUGAGAAUAGACUGUCAGAUGCAGGAAGUGCAGAAAAUUUAUUAGCCUGUUUGAAAGUCUGGAGGAAAAGUGUUCAUCGCUCCACUCAAAUGGAAAAGCCUUCCACUCUUGGUUUGGCUCGAAAAACACGAAGAAUUCAUACGCAGUGUUAUUAG